CGGUUUCGCGUUGGGUACCUUUAAUUGUGAAUUUCAUAUACACGGCGAGAGUUUGCAAAACUGAUCGCAAAGAAAUCGGUUCGGUUCUCAAGAAUAUUGCCAAAAAGCCUUACAACAUUUUGUAACUUGAGUAGCAAUAAUAUCCGUGUAAUGCUCGCAAUCAAAGUUACGCUGAUUGUGUAAAGGGGUUCGGUGCAAAUUAAAAAGACUUUCAAGAUAAAAUGAUUCCUCGAAACAAUAAAGCAAAGCUAUGUCCAAAUUUAGUAGUACUCUUUAUAUUGCUUUGCUACUGCCAAGAAGCCUUCAGUGUUUUGGGUAAAUCACAGCUAUGCGAGGUAGAGAAUGGUCAAACUAAUAUAAUACUGGACAUAGAAGAGAGUCGAGGGAAUGCUAUCAGUCAACAAACUGUGCCGCCCGAGCUGCCAAUCUUUGGUGAUCCGGAUACAGAAAUAGCUCUCGAUCUAGUCUUUCCCAAGGGCCAGCCAACCUUUACACUUGAUGGCAAAAAACUAAAACUAAUACAAGCACUCGAUCGCGAUGAAGAAAACUUAAGUCAUAUUGUGUUUCAGGUGUCCUGUAUUAAACGUUCGUCCAAUAAAAAACGCAACAUUCCUAUAAUUGUGCGUGUUUCCGAUGUUAAUGACAAUGUGCCACAUUUUGUAAAUACGCCUUAUGAGAUUACAGUACCAGAGAGCACACCACUGGGUACCACAGUUUUUCGCAAUAUACAGGCACUCGAUAAUGAUGCUGGGGUCAACGGUCUUGUGGAGUAUUUUGUGGUCAAGGGCAACCAAAGCUUUGCUGAAAAUGACAAACUAAUCACUGAAGAUGGUUUUGAAACAUUUGCAAUAUCUUUUCCGCAUCAAGGACAGGUGACAGUAGCCAAGACAUUGGAUUACGAGAAAAUACAACGCUACUACGUGACUAUUGUUGCAUCGGAUCGAGCGCGUAAUGUUUCCGAGCGCCUUUCAUCGACUACAACACUUACUGUGAAUAUAGCGGACUCGGAUGAUAUGGAUCCCUCUUUCAUAUAUCGCGACUGUGUGCUAGUUGAUGGCGCUUGCAUUAAUCCUGAGUACACGGCAUCGGUGCCUGCAGGCUCAGUGCAAGGAGUGCUAACUGUCUUGCCUGAGAGAAUACAAGCCGUAGAUCUGGAUACCAUCGGCUCGCCCAUACGUUAUAGCUUUGCAAGUGGCGUGCCCGGCAAUUAUGCGGAUUACUUUGAGAUAAAUGAGGAAACAGGCGUCUUGAAGCAAAUCAAAUCAGUGGACACCUCCACAGCCAAGCGUUAUGAUUUAACAGUACGCGCAGAGGAAAUCUCAGCACCACCGCGACGCUUUACUUUUGCCAAGCUUACCAUAGCAGUUAGACCUGUGGAUGCAAACCCGCCAAUUACAACAGCAUCCAGCAAUGAAGGUUAUGUGGAUGAAAACUCAGCAAUUGGCACCAAAGUCUUGGAUGACAGCGGGCGACCCAUAACUUUUACCACAACUGAUGAAGAUUUGGGCAAAGACGAUGCCAAGCCAAAAUAUAUUUAUGAGCUAACAACGCCGUCAUUUAUCGUUACCGAGGAUGGCAUGCUUGUGGUGAAUGAAGAAGGACUCGAUCGUGAUCCACCAUCGCCUGGACGUUUUAAGUUUCAGGUGGUGGCACGUGAGCCACAAACCAAUGCGGCCAGUGCACCACUGAGUCUAACAGUGCAUCUGCGUGAUGUUAACGAUAAUCCGCCGAAGCUGCCAAUAGUGCCGGCCAUCUCAAUUACGGCUGUAAGCGCAGAUGAAAGGCGUCUGGUGACGCGCGUCAAGGCCACGGACAAUGACGAAGGAGCAAAUGCUGUUGUUAGCUACUCCAUUUACCAUGUUUCCAAUCAUGGCCAGCAAAAGUUCAGCAUAGACAAGCAAACGGGUGAAAUUAAAACGAUGGCGCAACUUCUGGCUGGCGAGCAGUACAGCAUAACGGUGCAGGCCACCGACAACGGAGGACUCUACACACAGGCCAUUGUAGAGGUGACAGUAACUCCUGGACCCAAUACCAAGCCACCACGUUUCGACAAAGCCGCCUAUGAAGUGCAAGUGAGCGAAGGCGCAGAAAUCAACUCCACAGUUACAGUGGUGCAUGCUGACGAUCCCGAGAAUGAUCCAGUUACAUACUCCUUAGUAUCUGGCAAUGAUUUGCGUCAGUUCUCUGUGGAUCAAAAGAGCGGCGUUAUUAUGGUUAUACGUAAGCUUGAUCGGGAAAGUCUUACACGUUAUCAGCUUAUAGUCAAGGCCGAGGAUGAUGGCGCACUCUCCAGCAGCGCCACAGUCAACAUCAAGAUUACCGACAUUAACGAUAAGAAUCCAGAAUUUGAUGAGCAAUCGUUGCCCUAUGUAUUUCGCGUGGAUGAGGGCAAGGCCAAUGCAUUUGUGGGCAUUGUGCAUGCCACAGACGCAGAUGAAGGCAUCAAUGCUGAAAUUAGCUACUCCAUACCCAAGGAUAUUCCGUUUAGCAUUGACAACAAGUCCGGGGAGAUACGCACAGCCACUGAGCUGGACUAUGAAACAGUCAAUGAAUAUAAAUUUGUAGUAACUGCCAAGGAUGGUGCGCCGGAUGCACGCCUUGGCACGGCCAGCGUUACGGUUAUGGUGCAGGAUAUUCUCGAUGAAGUGCCCAAGUUUAGCGAUGCGCGCAUCAAUGUGCACAUACCCGAGAAUGAGCCCAACUAUCUGGUAGCCACUGUGCAAGCUUAUGAUCCGGACUCUACGCCGGAAAUUACAUACGUGCUGCGCAAGGGCGAUACAGAUUUGUUUAAGGUAACGCCCAAGACGGGCGAAAUACGCACCACCAAAGGUCUGGAUUAUGAGAAGCAGCGCCAGCAUGAGUUAACCAUUGGCACAAUUGAGAACGAUGGCAAUGAUGCGGGCGACACGGUGAGCGUUAUAGUUGAGGUGGAAGAUCGCAAUGAUAUGCGUCCAGUAUUCCUCGCUGUGCCCGCCCCUGUGACUAUAAAUGAUGACUUAGCGAUAGGCACAGUUAUAGCCACACUCUCCGCUGUAGAUGGCGAUGGCACCUCACCCGGCAAUGUGGUGCGCUAUGAGAUUGUUGGACGUGACAAGGCUUUGAAAUAUUUCCAAGUUGAUGCAGACACUGGCGCGGUGCGUAUACGUGAUGAGUUGACCAAGGCACAGGAUACUGAAUUUCAAGUGGAUAUACGCGCCUAUGAUAUGGGUCUGGAGCAGCAGCUGAGCUCAGUGGCCAUGCUGCCAGUAUUUGUGCAACACAUGCCAACCAAUCAAAUGGCGAGUGUAUCGAACAGCAAGCUGGACAGUGAGAGCGGCUUGGUACAGGAUAUGGAUACGCUUGGACUUGCGUUUAGCGAUGAUAGCUAUAUAGUAAGCGUGCCCGAGUCCACAUCGGUCAAUAGCACGCUAAAGACUGUGCAAAUUAUUAACUCCAGAGGCAAGCCCGACUUUAAAUGUGAAUUUUUACACGGCCUAGAGUUUGGCAUGUUUGCGUUGGGCUCUGAAGAAAACGGCUGUACCAUCAUGUUGAUUGAGCCCUUGGACUUUGAAAAUAAAACCGUCUACGCUUUGGAGUUACGUCUGGUGUCAAAUAAAUAUUUUGUUAAUGCGCGCAAGGAGCGUGCGACAGUUAAAAUUAUUGUGCAGGAUGAGAAUGAUAAUGCACCAGAGUUUGUCUUCAAUCGCAUGAGUGCACACAAUAAUACUUACUACGCCAUCAUAACGCCGGAAAUGGACAUUGAUACGUCUAUAUUGCAAGUGCAUGCAACUGAUCGCGACUCUGGACAAUUUGCCAAGCUCAACUAUAAGCUAUACGAUGAGGAUAAUCUGCAGGGAUCUGAACAGCAAUUCCCUUCAACACACUUUAACAUUUCGCUGGACUCGGGAAUUUUGCGCACAUCUAAGCCCUUUAAGGACGCAGCGUUUCCUAUGAGCUUCUAUGUAGAAGCUAGCGAUAAUAAUGAUGUAGAGGAUGAUUCACAUCGCACCAAAGCGCGCAUUGUUGUCAACAAGCUAACAGAUGCCAAUCGAAUGGCGUUGGCUUUCUCCAAUGUGGCGCCCAGCGAGCUGCGUAAUAGUUUCACUGCCAUUGAGGAGCUGCUCGAAAAACGCUCCAAUGGACUCAUUAGUCGCGUUGAGCGUCUAAGCAAUCGCAAGAUUAUGACAGAGAAUGGCACCAUAUUGGAAUAUCCCAAUGCAACAGAUGUCUGGUUCUAUCUUAUUGAUCCCAAAACAAAUCAAAUACUAGAACGCAACGACAAUGUGGUGCAGAGCACUUUGCUGAAUCCAACCGAGAUGCCGGAACUUAACUUGGCUGCUUCGAUGUUGGUGCGCGCCGAGGCUGCUGGCAUUCAUGCACCUCUAAUUGUCAAGGAUCAAGUGCACAAGAUCAAAGCUGCUAUUGCAAUUGACGACGACGUGUUUCCCUUUACACUCAUAGCUAUAUCUAUUAUUAUAACUAUACUGGGCACCAUUGGCAUUAUCUACAUUUGCGUUUCGUGGUCCAAAUACAAAAACUUUAAGCAACGUGUGCGUCAAUACUCGACACCUUCACCUACACGUUAUGAUCCCGUCAUAGUCAACUCACAGGCCACAAAUGCUAGCGAUACAUUGGCCAGCAUGAAGGAGUAUGAAACUCAAAUGUUGGCCAUGGCAGUGCCGCCCGAUGGCGAUGAGGACUUGCAAUUUGAUUUUAGCGCCAAGAAUCACGCUUAUUUCUUAGAUAAUGUCAGCUAUAUUACACAUAAACAAAAUAAUGGCAGCGAAGCGCAAUCAAGUCCUUCACAUUCGCAUGCAACAACUGCUACAAUUGCCACGCUGCGUCGCAACAAUUUGAAUAACAUGUCCAACAACAUCAAUAACAACAAUAAUUUGACGUUUAACAAUCGCCAGAAUACCUUUAAUCGUACGCUGGAAUUAAAAGCACACAAGAAUGCCAAUCCGCUGGGUGUGCCUGUGGGCAAUGCACAGGGCACGCUUACAUUGGGACGCAUUAAGCAUCAUAAUAGCAAUCAUUUCCAGAAUGCUGGCUUCGAGUCCUCCAGAAAUAAUCUGUCACAUGCUGAGCACAGUGGGUUUAGCACAAUGGGCAGGCGUGGUAAUACUUUUGGUGGCAUGACCCAUCUGAAUGGCAGUAGUGUUGCUGCUGAAAUUCCAGAUGGCAAUAAUCAGCAAAACAAUCGUAUUUACCAGAGAGAUUUACCUAUAACAAAUCCACUUUUUGAUAGAUCGAAUGGUGAUGAAAAUCUAAGUCAUGCUAGCUGCACUAACGAAAAUGUUGUUUUUGGUAAACGGGAUUAUGGGCACAUGAGCUUCUCAUAUCUCAACGACUUGGAUCGAUCGGAGGUGGAGACUACGACAGAGCUAUAACAGUACUAUUAAGUUUUAUUGUGCUCUGUAUAUGUAUAUAUUGUAUGUUAAGUAACUUUUCUUUAAGAAACUUAGUUGCCAAUUUUUAUAUAAACUUUUGUAGUUAAUUUUAUUUUAAUGC